GACAUUAAUGUGAUAACUUAAUAUGUAUUUUUAAAUAUAUACCAUUAAAACAUGUAAUUAUAUCAAUAAUUUAUAUAAAUUUUUUAAAAUUGUAUAUUAAAAUAAUGAUUUAUAAAGACAAAUCAUUUGAACAAGUUUCUCAAGAAAUUAUCAAAAACCAUCUUAAAUUGACAGCUUUAAUUCAGGAUAUACAACAAUGUACAGGCCCAUUAGAAUAUUUAAAUGAGCUUAAUGCAAUUGGUAGAGACAAAAUUACAAUUCUUAGGCAUCACAUCGAACAACUAACAAAUCUAACUAAAUUUGAACAUGAUAAAAAAAAAAAAGCUGAAUUAUUAUCAGAUAUUGAUAAUCACAGAGGACAAUUAUCUACAGCAAUAAUUGCUUUUCGAAAAGCAAAUAUAAAUACUGCUUGGGCAAUAAAUAAACUGUCACGAGAACAUUUGUUAUCAAUGCCAGUUAAACAACAAAUUUUAAUGCGAAGAAAGAAAGAUCAAACUAGUGUAUCAAAAGUAUCUAGGCAGACAACAGAUCAGCUUUUAGACAUUUCAAAAUAUUUAUUACAAACAACACAAAAAAGUGGAGAAACUUUAGACACUUUAGUUGUUUCAUCAGACAAGGUUUUUAGUACAAGAAAAGAACUAGAAGAUCAACAACAAGUUAUAGUACAAUCAGGAAAAUUAUUAGGCAAAUAUGGUAGACGAGAAAUUACAGACAAAGCACUAGUAAUAUUAGCCUUUAUAUUUUUUCUUGCUUGUGUAUUUUAUAUUAUACAAAAAAGAUUAUUUUAAGAUAAAGUU